CCCAGGCCCAGCCCAUUUACUGCCCCCUCCGCUCGUCGUCUCUCUGCCUACUCCGUCACACUCCUCCCCAGAUCUCCGCUCAGCUGAUCGAUCCACCCACCGCCCAGCUCCGGCCGCCGGCGAUGGCCAUCUACGAGCUUCCCUUCCCCAUCCCGCCGUCCGCCCUCCACGUCGCCGCAGCACUCUUGCUCGCCGCCGUCUUGCACUUCCUCCACAUCCCCUCUCUCCUCCUCUACGCAGUCCACACCUACAUCCACCCCGACGCCGUCCCCUCCACCGGGCCGCGCGUCGCCCUCCGCCCGCCGGGCUCCGCCGCCGGGAAGCGCGGCGCCGCCGCCCCGCCUUCCUCCUUCGACGACGGCUCCAACUCCGCGCAGCUCUACCGCCUGCGCCUCUCCCACACCGCGCUCGCCUCCCGCCCGCACUUCGCCGGCUUCCACCUCGCCCUCCUCCUCCCGCUAGCGCUCCUCCCGCCCGCGCUCCUCCUCCCACCCUCCUCGCUCUCCCCGCUCGCGCCGCUCCUCCCGGUCGCCUUCCUCUUCCUCACGCUCGUCCGCCUCGUCCUGCUCCCUCCCACCUCCACCUCGUCUUCCCCGCGCCCGGCCCACCUCGCGUCCGCGCUCGCCGCGCUCCUCAUCACCACGGUGCUGUCCUCCAGCCCCUUCGCCGGCUCCGUCGCCUCCCUCGCGGCGCUCCCGGCCACGCGCUUCGCGCGCGCGUUCUGGCUCGGCACGGACCAGCCCCGCACUGGCCUGGCCGUCCUCGCCUCCUCCGCCCCCGCGCGCCUGCUGCUCCACCUCGCGGUCCUCGUCUCCUCCGGGGCUUCCAUUCUGCAGUGCUGCGGGUUCGUGGAUGGCCCUGACCUGGAGGCGAAGCUGCUGGCGGCUGCCGCGGGGCUCCAGCUGCUGGCCUCCAGGGGGGCCGUGCAGAUGUACCUCAACGAGGCCGUGUUCUGCUGGUACCAGCGCCUGCACGCCAACCGCGCGCCGGACACCGAAUACGGCCGUGCCAAGGUGUUCCUGCACAACCACCAUCUCUGCGUGGCGGCCACGCAGUUCGUCGUGCCGCCGCUACUCGUGCUCUCGCUGCUGGCGCUGUGGUGGGUGCAAGGGAAGGACUUCUUUGAGGGAGUGGCAGGGCUGGACUGGCUCGUUGGCUGGUCCGUCGCCAUGAAGGAGGCGGCAUUGCUCGCGGCCCGUUGGGUCGUAGCGGUGUGGUCGGCGGUGACCGUGGGCACACUUGUGUUCUACAAACGUGGAUGGACGUUUGUCUUGUGACCAAUCAAUCAUGUUCUUUAGCUCCUUUACUGUGCGAUUGGUUCCGAUGGACUUGUAACUGAAGGGCCAGAUUCUAAGCCGGAUUGCCGGAGUUUUGGUAGGGCGGCACAAGUUUUUGGUAUGUACCACUACUUUGUUGCGAGAGCAAUGUUGGAUUGGAGAUUUGAUCUUUUUUUUUUUUGGCCUGUUAUUUACUGGAGAAGCAAUGUAAGAUCAGUUUUUUUACACUGUUGGGCAGAGAUAUUUCACAAUCAGACACUGACUGGUCAGUCACCCUGUUGUAUUCUCACUUGUAUCCUCUUUCAUAGACACGAGUGAAUCAUUUCUUUCUCAAUUGGAAUGAAUAUGUACAUUGUAUCAUGAUAUAAAAUCAUCUGAAUGUAAGUGGUUCAGUGUAUAAUAUUGUGCUUCCAGCUGAAGAAAAGAAAUUCCUCUUGUGUUUCAUCUCAAGUGUGUUGCUCUUGGAACUUACCAUGUAUUUGAUUGACAAAUUGCAUGCCACAUUUUUUCUUCUUCUCUGAGCUAGCUUAGAGGAAGUUUAGAUUGAAAUUGCCAUCUUGAUGUAAAUCAUCAGACUGUUAGAUAGUUUAUCAUGAGCCAAAUCUAUACAUUGGCAUGCUUGUAUUACAUAAUAUGCCACUGUUCUUUUAUUAUGUAGUUACUAAUUAGUAACCUAUUGCAAAUCUACAUAUGCACUAGGCUCUUAUAUAAUUUUAAAAAUUAAACAUGGCUCUUGCACUUUCCAAGCAGUUGAUUGUUGUUCUGUCUGAGUUCUCACUUCCAGUAUUCUGAUUAUAGUAGGAAGUAGUCUGGCUGCAGUUCUCCUUGCACUAACGCAUCUACCUUAUAAAUACAGUUCUUUUGGUAAAUAUUCCAGCUGCACAACUGCAAGAAUUCAGUUUCCGACCUCAGCUUUCUGUUUGUACUGGAUGUUGACUACUUCAUCCUAUACUUUCUGAUUGACAAAACUACUUUAUAGUGAUUAAAGUACUUGCUUAUCGUCGCACGGCACGAUCCAUAUGGCUUUGGAAGUUGUAGCUACUAUGUUCAUCAAUGGGUUUGACUCUGCCACUUAUCCUAUUCCUAUCAACGAAGAUUUGUGCCGAUACUGGUUCUUCGUGGCAAAGAAUGUACUUUCGGUCAGUGCACGCGCUAAACUCUCUUUUGCAUUACAUUACAACAUGCUCUGUAUCUUAGCUGAAAAGUCAAGAGAAAGCCAUCGAAGUAUUGUAUUGCCGUGCCAAGAAAGGAGCAAGUAUGGCGCGCGUGUUCUCAGAGUGAGUACAUGAUAGAAUGGUCCAAAGACCAAACCUGCAUGCAUCACGGCAUCAGGGAAGAAUCUUGGAGAUGGAGGUGAGCAUAUUAUUAUUCUGUGAGCAAAACGAAGCCGCUUUGAUUUGGGACAAACUUCAUCGAUGCUCGUAGUGGAGUGUGGGGUAGGAUUAAGAUACAGCUAUCGUCACCUGGAUCGGCUUGUGUUGGUUUGUGUGCUUGUUGGAAGAGCAGGUGACACCAGGAAAGAAAAUCUAAUGGAAUCCACCAUCCUCGGGAUCGCAUUUGGCUUUGGAAGUACACUACUUCUCCACUAUUUCUUUCAUGCACUAGCAGCUGUGAUUAGUGUAUUUCUUAAUUGUUAUUGUUCUGAUAAGAUCAGAUUCAGUAGCAAGAGAAGCCAAGGAGAGAUGCCUGUUUUGUAGGAACAAGUUUGAAGGAUGCUGACUGAAACCAAUUCAUCUGACGUGUAUUCCACCUAGAUUUAGACGCCCACUUUGUUUUCUUGUUACAUAUAGUUUCUUUUUAGCCAAUUGCAGUUUGUAUAUUUGUAUGAAUCUGCAUGGACAAGAAAGUAGGCAUGGUAUCCUCAGAAAUAAUAAUCAUGGUUUUCGCUAUUCACAUGUAAAUAUGUAUACAGAAGAAUGUGAGAAUACAGAUUGGGGUGAUCUUGUUAGUCUUA